CUGCCUCCUGCCCCCUGCCUCCUGCCUCCUGCCCCCUGCCUCCAGACUGCGGGUCUGCUGCCAUUUCACAGCGGACACACAAGAACACACACACACACACACCAGAGCCUGUUGCUGGACGAACGUCUCCCGCUGCAGGACCUUCUUUUCCCCUCUCUCCUGGUUGCAGAAGUUUACUUGUGAGGAUGAGUGUCGCGGUGGCGGAGCGCUGCUUUCUGUCCGCCCUGCAGCCCAAAUCCUCCUGCACCGCUUACAUGGUUCCCUCGGACGGUCCGUGCCCGGACCCGGUGGCUAAAGCGCGGAGGGUCCAGGAGCAGGUCCGGAUGAGACUGGCCGAGAAGAGGUCCUCCUCCCUGACCAGACUGGACGACUCUCUGGCCGGAUCAACAGAUUACAACUUUCCUGAGACAAAGAGCUUAGCACAUACCCUUGGUUUCAGCUCCAGAUCCAUGAUACACACACCCAGCCGCAUCAUGGCCGUUCCCACAGGUCCCCUUCACUCUGGUUUCUCUUCUCGCUCUGCUAUGGAGACGAGUUCCAGGUUGAGCCACAAAGGAAGCAACAUGGUACAGAGCAGCUUCCAGACUGUGCAGGCACACAACAGAAGCAGGCGGUCCAAGUCAAUGUGUCAGGCUGACCAGGAGAGGUUACCUCUCACUGUGGUGGUUCCUCCAGAGACUGCCUCUUUCCCAGUCUCUGUGGAUCCCCAACACAGCAGAAGCCUCAGUGGGAUAUUAGCCCAAGAAAGAGGCCGCUGGUCGGAGGAGCCGCCGCAUCAGUCCUCCUACAAAGGCCCCUCCCACCGCACCAUCAGCCGCAUCACUAACCGGCAGCAGCACAACCAGCAGCAGGGCUAUGCCUUUGAGAGGGAGGGCUGGUUUGGGACUGGCAGGGGGGUCCCCAUGGCAGGGGAUGGCUGGGGAACACAGUGGCAGCAGCAUGUGUCCCGGACCAACCAUGUGACGGGUGCAGGGCAGUACCAAGCCCCGCUGAAACGGACUGCCUCGGUCCGCAGUGUGAGGAGCGUUGGGAAAGGAGUGGAUGUCUUGGAUGGAGCAUCAAUACACAGCAAUGACCCCCUGGCAGAGAUACAGGGUCUCGACAUGGCAACAGCUGUCAGAUAUCUGUCUGAAUCAGACACGGCCCUGCAAGUUCUGGGAGCUGCAUACAUACAACACCAGUGCUACCAUAGCAACGAUGCAAAAAAACAGGUGCGUGCGCUGUACGGCAUUCCAGCUCUGGUUCAGCUUUUCACCAGCGACAACCAGGAAGUGCAGCGUUACUCCACGGGCGCCACGCGGAACCUCAUCUACGAGAACUCUGACAACAAGGUGGCACUGAUAGAUGCCGGUGGUUUGACCCAUCUCGUCAGCAUCCUUCGCGAACCUGACGAGGAGCUUCAAAAGAUCAUCACAGGCGUCCUGUGGAAUCUGUCCUCCAGAGACAACCUGAAGCAGAAGCUGUCUAAAGAAGCUUUAUCAGAGCUGACAGAUGCAGUGCUGAUUCCUCUGUGUAGCAGUCUUCCACUGAGUCCAUCUGAGAGAGACAUCUUCUACAACACCAGCGGCUGCCUCAGGAACUUGAGCUCAGUGAAUGAGAGGACGAGACAGAAGAUGAGAGACAUGCGAGGUCUGGUGGACUCUCUAGUGUCCUACAUCACACAAGAGGACAUGCCUGAGGACAAGGGUUUGGAGAAUUCAGUGUGUGUGAUGAGGAAUCUGUCCUACCAGCUGUACACGGAGCUUCCUUCAUCAGUGCGACUCCGCCUGGAGGGCCCAUCGAGAGCUUCUGCCUCCAGGGACAUUGACACCCUGGGUUGCUUUACUAUGUACAACAAAAAAAACUCACAGCGUAACCAGAACCUGACCAUACUGUCGGAGGUGUCCCGACAACCUAAAGGGGCUGAGUGGCUGUGGCACCCCAAGGUGGUGGAGAUGUACAAGGUUGUUCUACAAAACAGGGACAUCAGCUCCACCAGCCGUGAGGCUGCCAUAGGAGCCCUGCAAAAUAUCACCACAGGAGAGACCUGGUGGUCAUCAGUGCUGAGUGGUGUGGUGAUGGAGCAGGAGAAGAUGCUGCCCAUCCUGCUGGAUCUGUUAGACACCAACAAUGAGAUGGAGCUGAGACCUUUGACUGGCCUGCUGAGAAAUCUGGCCAGACACUCUGCCAAUAAAGACAACAUGGCUAAGAACAUGGUGAAUGCUCUUGUGUCCAAGCUGCCAUGUGAUGGUCUACAGAAAACCCCGUCCAGCGAGGUGGUGUCCAAUAUGUGUGGAGCACUCAAUCACCUGGUCACCUGCAGUUCUAUGGCAGCACGAGACGUCUCCCACUUCAACGGCCUUCCCAAACUGGUGGGCAUUAAGACCUUCCAUGAUAACAGCUCUGGGAGUGUAAAAACUGCCAAAGCAGCCUCAACUGUGCUCUACAACAUGUUCCAGUACAACAAGCUGCACAAAGACUACAAACAGAAAGGAUUUACCAGACGGGACUUCACAGAUGCCACCGUCUAGACUGCCACAUGUAACAUGCUUCUUUCUGAGCUUUUGACCUCUGGAUCACGACUUCUGAGUGGAAAAGAAGAGAAACAGCUUCAAUGAGCUGUUCAUGGAACUGUGACUGACUUACAGGAAAAGAAAAAUGAACAUCAGCCAAUGGAAGGAUGGACUUUAGGUUUGCCCUCAUUUACGUGGUUCACCCCCCCAAAUAUAUGUGUGUGUGUGUGUUAGGGUUUGACUGGAUUUUGACACUGACUCCAUUUGUUUUGGAUUGGUGGUGCUGAUUGCUGACAUGACAAUUUAAAAAACAUAUAUAAUAAAACAUAUUUUCACUCAGAGAAAAUGCCAGGUGCAAAACAAACACCCCAAACCAGAAAUUAUAUACAUGGACAUUUAUUUUUGUAUCAUUAAGAGCAAAUGCGUAAAAUGAUAGAAACGUUCAAAAGGGUUUCUAAGAUUUACAACAGAAUGUAAAGCGUUUUUGACACUGUGUCAAAGAAAUAUUUUAAAGGGGACAUAUCAUGAAAAUUCCACUUUGUUAGAGCUUCUACACGUUAAUGUGGGUAUCUGGCAUGUCUACCAACCCAAAAACUCUGGAAAAAAAACACUUGCGCGUUUU